AUGGAGACGGUCUUGGAAAGUCUACCGCUUGAGGACCUAAAACCAGAUGAUCUUGCGGACUGGACUCCUGGGCAGACUGAGAUUUCAGGUAUUCUCGUCCACGUCCCAUUUGUGUACACGCGAGAAAAAGUACGGGAGCAAUCUGUAGACUACGAUGAGAUCAGAGUCGAUGACGACUUCGUCAAUGGCUCAGGCAUUACUCAGCUGCUAUAUUGUUUCGACGGCUUCAUGGACGAAGUUGUACCACAAAAGAAUACUUCUACGAUUGCCGACUGCCUUCUGGUGGCAUGGACCGAUGAACAUGAAAAGUCGACAGGGCCAGAGGACGACUCGGAUGCGGCUCUGCUGGACCUGAUCGAGCCUGCUGAAGCUCUGGCCGCCCAAAGCAGUCCAGAACUCACAUUGUCUCUAGUAAUUCUGAACUGGCACGCAGGCAUAGCUAGUCGGGCAGGAGUUUUACAGUUUCGACUGCGUGCCAAAGAAUUAUCUGCGGAAAUGCAGCGGAUGAGACCUCUUAAGGCGACAUUCAUGAUGGACUAG